AUGUUUCUACGCCACUGCACUCUUCUCCUACUGAUCUGCCUAAUUGCGAGCAACGCCAGCGCCGCACGCAAAACAAAACGUCCUGUCAAGCCGGUCAAACAGACGCUUUCACGCAACAACGCAACGCCUGCUCCCGCUCCAGCGCCAGCGCCUGCGCUCACGAACAGCGCCAGCACAACAACAACUACUGCUGCUACACAGCAAGCCGAUGAGCCUCUGGAUGGCAUCUUGGCAGAGGCUGCACCUCUGACAGGCAGCAGUAUCAUCAGCAAUAGCGAGUUGCCCAAGCCGCUGGCCAUGCAGAACGAUCCCAUCGCCAUUCCCGUCGAGGCAAAGACGGACAAAGUGCCCGCAGUACCGGCCACGGCAGCAGCGGCAGCAGCAUCACCGUCUGCCGCCGAGGAGGAGUGCGAUCCAGAUAUGAUUGGCUUUGAAAUUGUGACGGGUUACGUGCUUUCGGCACCAUCGAAAAUGCUGGACACACUGCCGGGCACCCUGAUGCUGACCGAUUGUCUGGAGGCCUGCCAGAGCAAUGAAUCCUGCAGUUCUGUCAACUAUGAAACCGGCUUGUGUGUGCUGUUCAAGACGACAGCCGAUAAAUUGCCAGGUUCACUUUCGCGCUCACAGUUUCCGGUUUUCACCAUCUACGCACAAAAAUCCUGUUUGGGCGUGCGUCCUUGCUCCAAGGCCUGGUGUAUAGAUCGCGUUCAAGGUUACCGACUGCCCGAGCAUGUCAAAUCUAGUCAGACAGUGCUCUCACGCCGCGACUGCCUGGAGCUGUGCCUUGGCGAGACGGAGUUUACAUGCCGCUCGGCCAACUAUUACCGCCACUCGGGUCUGUGCGAGCUGUCGGAUAUGGACCGCAUUACACUGUCUGCGGGCACCAGCGUGGAACCCUACGAUGGAGCUGACUAUUUGGAAAACAACUGCGCUGAGGAGCCCAACAAACUGUGCGAGUUCAAGCGCAUCUCUGGCAAAAUUUUGAAGACUGUUGACUCUGUAUACCAGGAUAUCAAUACGAUUGAGGAAUGCCGCGAUCUGUGUCUAAACUCGCCCUACAGAUGUCACUCUUACGACUAUAACGACACUGGCGAUAUGGUAUGCCGCCUUUCGCAUCACAGCCGCGCUACACUCACCGACGUACUCGACCCCUACCUGGACGUGCCUGAAGCUGCCACCUACGAGCUGUCAGCCUGUUACAACGUUUCCAUUGAGUGCCGCGCCGGCGAAAUGAUCACCAAAAUUCGUACAUCCAAGCUGUUCGACGGCAAGGUCUAUGCCAAGGGCGCGCCCAAAUCUUGUGCUGUCAAUGUGAACAGUUCGCUGGAGUUUGACUUCCGCAUGGGCUACAACGAUCUCGAGUGUAAUGUGCGCCAGAGUGCCUAUGGUCGCUACAUGAACGAUAUUGUCAUACAACAUCACGACAUGAUCGUCACCUCCUCCGAUUUGGGUCUGGCCGUCUCCUGCCAAUACGAUUUGACCAACAAGACGGUGCUUAACGAUGUGGAUCUGGGCGUCACUGGCGAAAUUGAAUCAUCGCUCAGCGAGGAGAUCACCAUUGACUCGCCUAAUGUUGUGAUGAAGAUCACUUCACGCGACGGCAGCGACAUGAAGCGCAUUGCUGAGGUGGGCGAUCCACUGGCACUCCGUUUCGAGAUCGUUGAGCCAAACAGUCCCUACGAGAUCUUUGUGCGCGAGCUUGUUGCCAUGGACGGCUCGGACAGUGCUGAGAUAACGCUGAUCGAUGCUAAUGGCUGCCCCACCGAUCAAUACAUCAUGGGCUCAAUACAGAAGCUGUCCCAUAAUCGCAAGGUGUUGCUCUCGCAAUUCGACGCCUUCAAGUUCCCAUCCAGCGAGGUGGUACAAUUCCGUGCUCUCGUCACGCCCUGCAUACCGCGUUGCGAGCCCGUCAUUUGCGACAACGAGGACGGUGCCAGUGGUGAGCUCAAGUCUCUGGUCUCCUAUGGCAGGAAGAAGCGUUCGGUGUUGAAUGGCACCGAUGGUGCCGAGUUCAUGGUCAGCAGCACACGCCAGCGUCGCGAUGUGAGCCAACAGUCCCCUGACGACAACAUUCUGCUCGUGCAGUCCAUACAAAUCACAGAUAAGUUCGGCUUCCAAGCGGAGGAUGGUGAUGGCGUAACCAAUGCUGAGGCCCACGACAAGACGCACACUAGCGGAAUCGGUGGUGGAGUGCAGGACAAGCUCACUUGUCUCAAUGGCUAUGGACUAAUUUUGGCAGGAUCGCUGUUCCUGCUGGCCCAAUUGAGCAUCUUUGGCAUUUGGAAGACCGUGCAGCGACGCACACGCAAGGAACGCUAUCUUUACCAGCAUGAGCCCACGCCCACUAUUAGCUAUGGAGCGCCCACCAUGAUCUAUGGUCCACCACCACCAUCGGCUGCGUCACAUAUGAGCAGCGGCACCAAGGAUACGCUGAGCAAGCUGUAUGAUAGCGGCAUCAAUGGACGCUAUGGAGGACAACAGUUCUAA